UGCCUCCCCCGGAGGGUUUAUUUUUCCUACUGGCGAAGGAGCGGAGGAGCGGAGGGAGACAGAGGAUGCCGCCGCGCGCGGGACCGGGCCGUGCGGAGCCCCGGCCGCAGGUACUGUUGCUCUUCGCGCUGUCUUUGCUCCGCGGGGCCCUCCCAGACCCGGUGCGCUAUUCGAUUCCCGAGGAGCUGGCCAAGAACUCGGUGGUGGGGAACCUCGCUAAGGAUCUGGGGCUUGCUGUCCCGGACUUGCCGGUCCGGAAGCUGCGGGUUAGCGCGGAGAAGGAAUAUUUCACUGUAAACCCAAAGAGCGGGGACUUACUUGUGGGUGACAGAAUAGACCGAGAGCAGAUUUGCGGGAAGCAGCCUCUGUGUAUUCUGGAUUUCGAUACUGUCGCUGAAAACCCACUAAAUAUUUUCCAUGUAGCAGUAACUGUGCAGGAUAUAAAUGACAACACUCCGCUAUUCAAACAGAGUAAAAUUGAUUUAAAAAUUGGAGAAUCCACUAAGGCAGGUACAACAUUUCCACUAGAUCCGGCCCUGGAUUCAGAUGUUGGUCCUAAUUCACUGCAAAGAUACCACCUUAAUGACAAUGAGUAUUUUGAUCUCGCCGAGAAACAGACUCCAGAUGGACGUAAAUAUCCUGAGUUGAUUCUGAAACAUUCUCUGGACAGAGAAGAGCAUGAUUUCCAUCAAUUAGUCCUCACAGCUGUGGACGGUGGGGAUCCACCUCAAAGUGGAACCACCCAAAUACGAAUCCAAGUCACUGAUGCCAACGAUAACCCUCCAGUGUUCAGCCAUGACGUGUACAGGGUCACCCUGCGGGAGGACGUGCCCCCAGGUUUCUCUGUGCUCCGAGUGACGGCCACCGACCUAGACGAGGGAUCCAACGCGGAGAUCACCUACUCCUUUCAUAAUGUGGAAGAACAAGUGGGACACCUUUUCAAUUUAGAUAAAAUAACAGGAGAAAUCACAACAAAAAAUGCUUUGGAUUUUGAAGUUGCUAAUAGUUACACUCUGAGUAUAGAAGCAAAAGAUCCUGGAGAUCUAGCAGCCCAUUGCAGUGUUCAAAUCGAAAUUCUCGACGAGAACGAUUGUGCACCAGAAGUGAUCGUGACUUCAGUAUUUACUCCCCUCCCAGAGGAUUCACCUCCAGGAACAGUGACAGCUUUGAUAAAAACAAGAGACAGAGACUCCGGAGAAAAUGGAGAAGUUUACUGCCGCAUCUUGGGAAACACCAAGUUUGUACUGAAGUCUUCCUCGAAGAACUAUUACAAGCUAGUGACAGACAGGGCUCUGGAUCGGGAGGAGAUCCCAGAAUACAAUGUCACCAUCAUAGCCACCGACAGGGGCAAGCCGCCUCUCUCCUCCAGCGUAAGCGUCACUCUGCUCAUCUCAGACAUCAACGAUAAUGCCCCAGUUUUCCACCAGAGUUCCUACUUGGUCCACGUGGCAGAGAACAACCCGCCAGGAGCCUCCAUUGCUCAAGUCAGCGCCUCCGACCCGGAUUUGGGACCCAACGGCAGCGUUUCCUACUCCAUCGUGGCCAGCGACUUGGGGCCACAGGAGCUGUCGUCCUACGUGUCGGUGAGCGCGCAGAGCGGGGUGGUGUUCGCGCAGCGCGCCUUCGACCACGAGCAGCUGCGCGCCUUCGACCUGACGCUGCAGGCCCGCGACCAGGGCUCGCCCGCGCUCAGCGCCAACGUGAGCCUGCGCGUGUUGGUGGGCGACCGCAACGACAACGCGCCGCGGGUGCUGUACCCUGCGCUGGGGCCCGACGGCUCGGCGCUCUUCGAUAUGGUGCCGCGCGCCGCGGAGCCCGGCUACCUGGUCACCAAGGUGGUGGCGGUGGACGCAGACUCAGGACACAACGCCUGGCUGUCCUACCACGUCCUGCAGGCCAGCGAGCCCGGGCUCUUCAGCCUGGGGCUGCGCACGGGUGAGGUGCGCACGGCGCGUGCCUUGGGCGACAGGGACGCUGCCCGACAGCGCCUGCUGGUCGCCGUGCGUGAUGGUGGACAGCCGCCCCUGUCCGCCACCGCCACGCUACACUUGAUCUUCGCUGAUAGUCUGCAAGAGGUACUACCGGACCUCAGCGACCGCCCCGCGCCCUCUGACCCCCAGGCUGAGCUGCAGUUUUACCUGGUAGUGGCCUUGGCUUUGAUCUCCGUGCUCUUCCUCCUCGCGGUGACUCUGGCCAUUGCCCUGCGCCUGCGACGUUCUUCCGGUCCAGCCGCGUGGGGCUGCUUUCAGCCUGGGCUCAGCUCCAAGUCUGGCCCUGGGGUUCUCCCCAGUUACAGUGAGGGAACAUUGCCCUAUUCCUACAAUCUGUGCGUUGCCUCACAAUCAGCUAAGACAGAGUUCAAUUUUCUCAACGUGACCCCGGAAAUAGCUGCGCCCCAGGAUCUCCUCUGUGACCCUGCCUCUUGGGGACCAAGUACAAAUCAUGAAGACACUGGAGUUUCAUUUGCCUCAGAUACUAUUUUAAAGGUCAGUUUUAAUUCAAUUCAUUUAUUUUCACUUCAGUUUUUAUUGUUUCUUAACAAAUCGCCUAACUUGAGUAGGAGGCUCCACUGCAUAAUGUGUUGUCUAGUCAGUCAGGUUUGGGCAGUGUUCUGCUUUAAUUACCUUAAUCUCAUCUAA